AAUCACUCCGUGUCAGCAGGUGGCGCUAACACCUAAAAGUAGCCCACAAUAGGUGGAAGAAAAAUAAAAGUGACGACACAUACGGCACCACACUUUUGGACCAAUCACGUGUGGGUUUUUUUUGGGUAGCAGAAACAAAGACAAAGGAGGGGGAAAAACGGCUCUUUUAACUUCAAAGAAGGUUCAAAGAGCCGGUUUUGAAAAAGCGGAUCGUUCGCGAACGGCCCGCCAUCAGUGCAGCCUCGCAGGGAAUGAAUGGAAGCAGCUUGCUCGUUCGGAGGGAACAUUUCAUAAAAAGCAGCACUUUUUAUUUAAUAUCUAUUUAAAAAGCAGCACUUUUCUUUAAUAUAUAUUUAAAAAGCAGCACUUUUGUUUAAAAUAUAUAUUUUAUCUCAGGCUGCUGACGGAUUUGACCAAACAAAACAGCACUCGGGUCGUUAUUUCGGAUUUUCCUUAAACGCAUCAUCAAAGGGGUUUAAAAAAAAAGUUGGACUUUUUGUGGAGUUUUGCUUCAAAAAGUGAGACUUGUGAUUUUUUUUUUUUUUUUUUUGGGACAAUGGAGGACGUCCGCGGACAGGACUAAGGACUGCUAAGCGAAUUAGCAAUUAGCGUCGGAGCGGACUGGCACGCUAACCUGCGGGAGAGAGAGAGAGGGGGGGGGGGGGAUUUACCGGCUUCUAGCUGCGGUCUUCUCACCGUCCCCGGCCGGAGGAAGAAGCGCCGCAUGCCUCCAUGGUGCCCAACAAGUGGACCAAGAACUCCGCGCUUCACAAGUCGCCGCCUCGGAGCUGGCUGGGACUCAAGCUGCGAAUCCAUGACAAGCCUGUCCAGGAGGAAGACUGGGUGGUGUGCCAGCAUCCGGAGUGUCCCGACCACCGCAGGGCCUCAAAGGUGUGCCACCACCCCGACUGCCAAGGCCUGAAUACCAAGAGCCCCCUCCACUUGUGUGAGUCAUGUGACUCCCGCUGCCAUUCGGACAACAAGAUGCACUUUGACCGCCAUCCCCGAUUUGACCUUCAACCUCAAGCCUCCAUCCUGGCUCGGAACGUGUCCACGCGGUCCUGCCCCCCACGCACCAGCCCCCACUCCGACCUUGAGGAGGAGGACGAGGGGAGCAGCGAGCGCAGGCGGAAGAAAGCCGGCGGGAUGAAGUUGGUGAAGAAGAAGGCACGGAGGCGACACACCGACGACCCCAGCAAGGAGUGCUUCAGCCUCAAGUUUGACCUCAACGUAGACAUCAACACAGAAAUAGUCCCCGCUAUGAAAAAGAAAACACUGCGAGAGGUUCUGGCUCCAGUGUUUGAGAGGAACGGCAUCGAGCUGUCCCAGGUGGACCUGUUCCUGGAUCAGUCCAACACGCCUCUGUCCCUCAACUUUGAGGCCUACAGAUUUGGCGGACACUACCUCAAAGUCAAAGCGCGGCCUGGUGACGAGUUGAAGGUGGAGCAGAGCGUCAAGGACUUGAGGUCUCUCAGCCUUCCCAACAUGAAGCCCUCAGCCACUCCCAGUCCUUACAUCGUCACGCCGGCCGCCGAGAGGGCGGAGCACGGAUCUCUGGGACGCCGCGAGGGCUUGGACCUGCUGGGUCAGAGCCGGCGCAGGAAGAACAUGACCGAGUUUUUGGGGGAGUCCAACAUUCCCAGCCCGGAGGCCCUGGGCCAGAUGAGCAGCUCCCUGCCCGGCGCCGGUCCUGACAGCUGGAAGAACCGAGCCGCCAGCCGCUUCAGUGGCUUCUUCAGCUCCAACGGCAAGGAAGUCGAUCGCCUGGAGCAGCUGCAGAGCAAGCUGCACUCCUACACGCUGUCGGAGCUGCCGAAGGUGCCGAGGCAGCUCUCCUUCCACCAGGACUCCUGGGAGGAGGAGGAGGACGAGCAGGAGCCAGACCUGGUCCUGGAGGACAGCUGGCAGAUGUUGCUGGACAACGCCGAGACGCUGACAAGGAGACAGUUCCACCAGCAGGAGGCGAUAUGGGAGCUGCUGCAGACGGAGGCCACGUACAUUAAGAAACUCCGGGUCAUCACUGAUCUGUUCCUGUGCGGCCUGCUCAACCUGCAGGAGAGCGGCUUCUUCAGCGAGGUGGAGCCCCCGCGCCUCUUCAGCAACAUCCAGGAGAUAGUCCGUCUGCACAUCGCCCUGUGGAACCAGGUCAUGCGCCCCCUGCUGGACAAGGCCAGGCAGGCCCGCGCCCUGCUUGACCCCACAGACCUCCAGCAGGGCUUUCGGACGUUCGCCGCCAGGUUCAAGCCCUACAUCCGCUACUGCAUGGAGGAGGAGAGCUGCAUGGAGAACAUGCGAGCGCUGCUCAGGGACAACGAGCUCUUCAGGACCUACGUGACGUGGGGAGAGACCCACAAGCAGUGCAACCGUCUGAAGCUGGCGGACAUGCUGGCCAAACCUCACCAGCGUCUCACCAAAUAUCCUCUGCUGCUGCAGAGAGUGCUCAAGAAGACGGACGACCCGGCAGCCCGCGAUGUCGUCAGUGGCAUGGUGUCCACGGUGGAGAGCUUCAUCGACAGCAUCAACUCGCACAUGCGCCAGCGUCAGGAGCAGCAGAAGCUGGCCACCAUUUGCGCCCGCAUCGACUCGUACGAGGCAGUAGAGGGCAGCAGUGAGGAGGUGGAGAAGAUCCUCAAGGAGUACAGCCGCUUUGACCUGAUGACGCCCAUGAGAGGAACGUCGGCGGAGGAGACUCGCCAGCUGCACCUGGAGGGCGCUCUGAGGAUGAAGGAGGGCAAGGACAGCCGGAUGGACGUCCACUGCUUCCUCUUCACCGACCUGCUGCUCGUCACCAAGCCCGUCAAGAGGCUGGAGAAGGUCAAGAUCGUCCGCCAGCCUCUCCUCAUCCAGAACGUGGUCUGCAAGGAGCUGAAAGACGCCGGUUCUUUCAUCAUCGUCUACCUCAACGAGUUCAGGAGCGUGGUGGCCGCCUACACUUUCCAAGCCAACAGCGCCCCCCAGGGGAGGAGCUGGAUGGAGGCCAUCUGCAGCGUGCAGAAUCAACUCCAGAGGCUGCGGACCGAGGAGGCCAUCAGACAGCAGACUUUAAUCCAGACCAGGAGGCAGGAGGAGGAAGACGAGGAGGAGGAGGAGGAGGAGGAAGAUGAGAGCAGCAACAACUCCAAUGCAAGUUCUCCAAGUCUGAGACACAAAGAGCAGCACGGCCUGAGUCAGUCGGAUGGCUCCACGGAGACGUUGUCCAUGAUGGACGUGGACGCUCUGGCCGAGUCAAAAGGGUCUCCCGCCGCCAGCGAGGAACACGCCGACGUCUCGGCCCUGCCAGAGAUGUCGGAUGCGCCGCGGUCCUCAGGUGUCCACAGGACGUCCUCCGGCGUGUACUGUGACCAGGAGGCGGAGCCUGACAGCGAGGAGUUGGACCCUCAGUGUCGCUCUCUGUCCAUGGACAGUGCCUACGGUACUUUGUCCCCCGAGUCUCUCCUCAGAGAACUGCAGCCUCAGCAGAGCGAAGGCGAAGGGACAGACGAGGACGAGGAGGAGGACGCCGCCUCGUUAGGCUCUCAGCUGUCCGUGGUCCAGUCGUGCAAACCUCGCCGGCGGCCUCACGUGACGUCCAGACUCCACCGCCCCCAGAAGUCGUCCACGCUGACUUUGUCUCGCUCCGAGGACAACCUCCUGCAGCGCCUCCGCGUCAAAGCGCCCGCCCCCGCCGCCAGCGACCACGCCCGCCGCCAGGACACGGACACGCCCUCGUUGGCGCACAGCAAGAGCCUGUCGGCGCUCGGAAGCAAAGGCGCCGACUUCUUCCCCGCCGCCUUCCGCGGUAACGAGAAGGUAGCUGCUGUCGACGCCAGCAGCGGCUCAGACGGGGAUGUGGCUCCAUCUGGUGGCAGCCGGGGGAAGUGCGAGGCGGCCACCGGCGGAGAUUUAAGCGACGCGUCGCCCGUAGCGAGGAAAUCUCCAGCCCUGCCGCACAAGAAGCUGACGCUGGCACAGCUCUAUCGAAUACGCACCACCAUGGUCCUCAACUCCACUCUCACCGCCUCGGAGGUGUAACCAUGGCAACCAACACCAGACCACUUCAUUCCGUCUCUUUUUUUGGAGACGCCCGCCGCCCUUCAGGAAACCACGUGCACGGGCGAUGGCGAGCGUGCACGUGGCCCACGGCGGCCCCGGAGAGACUCACUGCUUGCACUUUUUGCCCACGACGUAGCACCACCAGGGGGCGCCGCCAUUCCUGACUGACAGAGGGGCGGAGCUUCCUUUUUUUCCCCCUUUGGGUCGGAGGCGUGGCUUCAGGACUUUGGACUAGCCUGGACAAGUUGAAAGAAGAUUGCACAUUUUGUUUUGAAACCAGUCCCUAACGAGAGUCACAUGACCCCCCCAGCCAAAGACCAAUCAUCCUCCUUAUUGGUCCUUUUGUUUGAUUUGAAGGUGGGCGUGGCCAGUGAGAGUGGGCGGGGUCAUACACAACCAGCGACUUUAAAAAUGCUUCUCUUUAGCUUUCGUAGCACGAACGGGUUACGUAACGAAUCUACCAUGACAACUCCCAACCAAACACUUUCACCAAAUCACCUUUGUUUGUUUACGUCCUUUUCUACCUAUGAUAUUUAUUUGCUACAAAGAAGUAGAAGAGCUGCACUGAAGUCAAAAGACGGAAGAAAGCCAGAAUUCUUCCAGAAUGUUCUCAAAUUUUGCGAGAAAAUAGUGAGGUACAAAUUCUUAAUAUGACAUAAUUUUCGCAAUAUUACGACUUUAUUCUCGCAAUAUUACAACAUCAUUAUUGUAACAUUACGACUUUAUUUUCGCAGUAUUACCAGAAUUCUUCCAGAAUAUUUUCAAAUUUUGUGAGAAAAUAUUUAGGUACAAAUUUGUAAUAUGACAUAAUUUUCGCAAUAUUACGACUUUAUUCUCGCAAUAUUACAACAUCAUUAUUGUAACAUUACGACUUUAUUUUCGCAGUAUUACCAGAAUUCUUCCAGAAUAUUCUCAAAUUUUGCGAGAAAAUAGUGAGGUACAAAUUUGUAAUAUGACAUAAUUUUCGCAAUAUUACGACUUUAUUCUCGCAAUAUUACAACAUCAUUAUUGUAACAUUACGACUUUAUUUUCGCAGUAUUACCAGAAUUCUUCCAGAAUAUUUUCAAAUUUUGUGAGAAAAUAUUUAGGUACAAAUUUGUAAUAUGACAUAAUUUUCGCAAUAUUACGACUUUAUUCUCGCAGUAUUACAGCAUCAUUAUUGUAACAUUACGACUUUAUUUUCGCAGUAUUACCAGAAUUCUUCCAGAAUAUUCUCAAAUUUUGCGAGAAAAUAGUGAGGUACAAAUUUGUAAUAUGACAUAAUUUUCGCAAUAUUACGACUUUAUUCUCGCAGUAUUACAACAUCAUUAUUGUAACAUUACGACUUUAUUUUCGCAGUAUUACCAGAAUUCUUCCAGAAUAUUCUCAAAUUUUGCGAGAAAAUAGUGAGGUACAAAUUUGUAAUAUGACAAAAAACAAACAUCAAAAGAUUGUAAAAUUGAAAGAAAACAGUUAUAGUUUGGUGAAGAAAGAAGUAAAUAUUACGAAAAAAGUCAUAAUUUUAUGGAAGAUAAAGCCGUCAUUUUUGUGAUUACCUAUCCGAAUUUUCCAUCUUAUCUAUGUCGGAACUUUUGAAUCGUCACAAGUCAAAUUUAAACCAAAAAUUACCAGAUUAUUUUUGUCGUAACGUUAUGACUUUAUACUUCCAAUAUUACAACUAUCGUCAUAACAUUACGACUUUAUUAUCGUAACGUUACGACUUUUUUUUCGUAACAUUACAACUUAAUUCUCGCAAUAUUACAACUUUGACUAUCGUCAUGACAUUACGACUUUAUUAUCGUAACGUUCCGACUUUUUUUCCGUAACAUUACAACUUACUUCUCGCAAUAUUACAACUUUAAUUUCGCAAUAUCACAACUAUACUGUUGACACAUUACGAUUAAAUAGUCGUAACAUUACGACUUUAUUCCCACCAUGUUACAAUUUUAUUGUCGUCAUAUUACGAUUAAAUUGUAACAUUGCGACUUUAUCCUCGCAAUAUUCCUUCUUUUUGCAAUUUUACGACUUUCUCGUUGUCACAAUAUGAUUAAAUCAUUAUAAGAUUGUGACUUUAUCCUCAAAAUAUUCCUACUUCUCGCAAUAUUACGACUGUAUUCUCGCAAUAUUACAACAUCAUUAUUGUAACAUUACGACUUUAUCCUCGCAAUAUUAUCACUUUAUUCUCACAAUAUUACAACAGCAUUAUUGUAACAUUACGACUUUAUUUUCGCAAUAUUACCAGAAUUCUUCCAGAAUAUUCUAAAAUUUCGUGAGAAAAUAGUGAGCUACAAGUUUGUAAUACGACAAAAAAACAAACAUCAAAGGUUGUAAAAUUAAGAGAAAACAGUUAUAGUUUGGUGAAGAAAGAAGUAAAUAUUACGAAAAAAGUUAUAAUUUUAUGGAAAAUAAAGCCGUCCUUUUUGUGAUUACCAAUCCGAAUACGACUUUAUUCUCGCAAUGUUACAACAUUGCUGUAAAUUUACGGCUUUAUCCUCGCAAUAUUACGACUUUAUCCUCGCAAUAUUACGACUUUAUUGUCGCAAUAUUGCAACAUCAUUAUUGUAACAUUACGACUUUAUUCUCGCGAUAUUGCAACAUCCUUAUUGUAACAUUACGACUUAAUUUUCGCAAUAUUACGACAUUAUUCUCGCAAUAUUACAACGUCAUUAUUGUAACAUUACGACUUUAUUUUCGCAAUAUUACCAGAAUUCUUCCAGAAUAUUCUCAAAUAUUGUGAGAAAAUAGUGAGCUACAAGUUUGUAAUAUGACAAAAUACAAGCAUCAAAGAUUGUAAAAUUGAAAGAAAACAGUUAUAGUUUGGUGAAGAAAGAAGUAAAUAUUACGGGAAAAAAGUCAUAAUUUAAUGGAAAAUAAAGCCGGCAUUUUAGUGAUUACCAAUCCGAAUAUUACAUCUUAUCUAUGUCGGAACUUUUGAACCGUCACAAGUCAAGUUUAAACCCAAAAGUACCAGAUUAUUUUUGUCGUAACGUUAUGACUUUAUACUUCCGAUAUUACGACUAUUUUUUCGUAACAUUACAACUUAAUUAUCGCAAUAUCACAACUUUGUUGUUGACACAUUACGAUUAAAUCGUUGUAACAUUACGACUUAAUUCCCACAAUAUUACAAUUUUAUUGUUGUCAUACUACGAUUAAAAUUGUAACAUUGCGACUUUAUCCUCGCGAUAUUCCUUUUUGCAAUUUUACGACUUUCUCGUUGUCACAAUAUGAUUAAAUCAUUAUAAGAUUGUGACUUUGUCCUCAAAAUAUUCCUACUUCUUGCCAUAUUACGACUUUAUCCUCGCAAUAUUAUCACUUUAUUCUCACAAUAUUACAACAUCAUUAUUGUAACAUUACGACUUUAUUUUCGCAAUAUUACGACUUUAUUCUUGCAAUAUUACCAUUUUCUUCUCACAAUAUUUCCACUUCAUUGUUGUAACAUUUCGACUUUAUUCCCACAAUAUUAUGACUUUAUUGUCUUCAUAUUACGAUUCAAUUGUAGCAUUGCAACUUUAUCAUUGCAAUAUUCCUACUUUAUCGUCACAUUACGAUUAAAUCAUUAUAAGAUUGUGGCUUUUUCCUCGCAAUAUUCCUACUUCUCGCAAUAUCACAACAUCAUUAUUGUAACAUUACGACUAUUUUCACAAUAUUACGACUUUUUUCUCGCAAUAUCACAUCAUUAUUGUAACAUUACGACUAUUUUUGCAAUAUUACGACUUUAUUCUCGCAAUGUUACAACAUCAUUAUUGUAACAUUAGGACUAUUUUCGCAAUAUUACAACUUUAUUCUCGCAGUAUUACAACAUUGUUGUAACAUUACGACUUUAUCCUCGCAAUAUUACGACUUUAUUUUCGCAAUAUCACAACAUCAUUAUUGUAACAUUACGACUAUUUUUGCAAUAUUACGACUUUAUUCUCGCAAUAUUACAACAUCAUUAUUGUAACAUUCCGACUAUUUUCGCAAUAUUACGACUUUAUUCUCGCAGUAUUACAACAUUGUUGUAACAUUACGACCUUAUCCUCGCAAUAUUACGACUUUAUUCUCGCAAUAUCACAACAUCAUUAUUGUAACAUUACGACUUUAUUUUCGCAAUAUUACGACGUUAUUCUCGCAAUAUUACAACAUCAUUAUUGUAACAUCACAACUUUAUUUUCGCAAUAUUACCACUUUAUUGUUGUAACAUUUCGACUUUAUUCCCACAAUAUUACGACUUUAUUGUCGUCAUAUUACGAUUAAAUUGUAACAUUGCGACUUUUUCAUUGCAAUAUUCCUACUUUUAGCAAAUUUUACCACUUUAUCCUUGUCCCAUUACGAUUAAAUCAUUUGUAAGAUUGUGACUUUAUCCUCGCAAUAUGCCUACUUCUCGCAAUAUUACAACAUCAUUAUUGUAGCAUUACGACUUUAUUUUCGCAAUAUUACGACGUUAUUCUCGCAAUAUUACAACAUCAUUAUUGUAACAUUACGACUUUAUUUUUGCAAUAUUAUGACUUUAUUCUCGCAAUAUUACCACUUUGUUCUCUUUAUUGUCGUCAUAUUACGAUGAAAUUGUAACAUUGCGACUUUAUCAUUGCAAUUUUCCUACUUUUUGCAAUUUUUACGACUUUAUCCUUGUCACAUUACGAUUAAAUCAUUUGUAAGAUUGUGACUUUAUCCUCGCAAUAUGCCUACUCGCAAUAUUACAACAUCAUUGUAGCAUUACGACUUUAUUUUCGCAAUAUUACGACGUUAUUCUCGCAAUAUUACAACAUCAUUAUUGUAACAUUACGACUUUAUUUUCGCAAUAUUAUGACUUUAUUCCCGCAAUAUUACCACUUUCUUCUCUUUAUUGUCGUCAUAUUACGAUGAAAUUGUAACAUUGCGACUUUAUCAUUGCAAUAUUCCUACUUUUUGCAAUUUUUACGACUUUAUCCUUGUCACAUUACGAUUAAAUCAUUUGUAAGAUUGUGACUUUAUCCUCGCAAUAUGCCUACUUCUCGCAAUAUUACAACAUCAUUAUUGUAGCAUUACGACUUUAUUUUCGCAAUAUUACGACGUUAUUCUCGCAAUAUUACAACAUCAUUAUUGUAACAGUACGACUUUAUUUUCGCAAUAUUAUGACUUUAUUCUCGCAAUAUUACCACUUUCUUCUCUUUAUUGUCGUCAUAUUACGAUGAAAUUGUAACAUUGCGACUUUAUCAUUGCAAUAUUCCUACUUUUUGCAAUUUUACGACUUUAUCCUUGUAACAUUACGAUUAAAUCAUUGUAAGAUUGUGACUUUAUCCUCGCAAUAUUCGUACUUCUCGCAACAUCACAACAUCAUUAUUGUAACAUUACGGCGUUAUUUUCGCAAUAUUACGACUUUACUCUCGCAAUAUUACCACUUUAUUCUCGCAAUAUUACCACUUUAUCGUUGUAACAGGACGACUUUACUCUCGCAAUAUUACGACUGUAAUUUUGUGUGUAACAUUGCAACUUUAUUUUCCGAUUGAUUCCGAUUUUUUUUUUCUUACGACUUUAUUGUUAAAACCUUCCAACUAAACACUAAAAUAUUACGACUUUAUUCUGGCAAUGUUAGGACUUUUUCUUGCAUUUUUUCUGGUAACUGAAUAAUUUUGUACUUCUUUCCAUUCUUCUACUUCUUUGUUGUGUUGCCUGCUAUGUUUGUGUGUAAAUAUUAUUAAGAUAUUGUCUUCUUCCGACAUUUGUACAUUUUGUCCUUCUUGUUGUUGACGUAAUCUUUUUUUCCCGCCAGCUUCCAUCGCGCUGCCAACCAAAACAAUGUUGUUGUUUUUUUCCUGCCGGGAAUCACUUGAAAAGAAAGAAAAAAAUGUGUCUUUCAAAAUAAAAGAACCAAAACCCUGUAAAA